ACGGUUUUUGACAUUGCAGCUGUACUAGAGUGACCUCCCUUUGUGGCAACAAUGUAAACUUCCUGUAAAAAAAUAUUUUAAGAGUUUCCAAAUCACAACAGUUAAACAUGCUGACUCAAGAAUUUGUUGAGCGCAGAUGUCACACCUGUCCUGUGAUAUUACCAGCAUGGAAGCUAGAUCCCACUGGACAAUAUUAUGAGCUGGACCUUAAAAUGUGUCAGCUUAAAAACCUUGACUAUGAGUUCAAGUGGGGAAAGGAAGGUGGCCUUUUGCCAAGAAUGGCAUCCAUCACAGAAGUUCCAUCCAGAGUAGUUCGACUUGACUUAUCACUGAAUGAGCUGACUGUUCUUGAACAUGCAGGACUCAAACCUUUCAGAUACCUCAGAGAACUAAAUGCAUCAUUAAAUAAAGUCAGCAAUUUUACAGGUAUUGAAGUGCUUCCUUAUUUGUACACACUGAAUCUGUCCCACAACUUUAUCCGGAAAAUUGAGAACCUGAGCUCUAGUGCCUCCCUCAUUGAGUUGAAUAUCAGCCUGAAUGAGAUACAAGACCUCUCUCUGAUGCCCAGCAUGAUCAACCUGGAGAUACUUAACGUCAGCAACAACAAGCUGAGAAGUCUAGAUGGGGUCCAGUCGUUGCCAAAACUUAGAGAACUCUCCUGCCAAAGGAAUAACAUCGAAGAUGUGGUACCACUGACGAGCUGUUUCUACCUGCACAAUCUGAACGCAGCCGACAACCACAUUACCACACUCCAUAACACCGUCGACAUCCUUGCACAACUCAGAAGGCUUGAAGUCCUCUCUCUAUAUGGAAACCCAGUUGAUGCUGACCCCUUGUACAGGACAGAAAUCAUAAAAUGUACUACUGUAAUGACCCUUGACAACAUCUCUGUACGGCCACUCCCUAAGCCAGCAGAAAUGGACAGAUACCAGUAUGAUGAGAAUUACAAACAUGUCCACAACAUUAACACCCUGAAGGAGGCGGCGCGUCAGGCGUUUGAAGAACGGAUGAAAGAUUCACGUGCCAAAAUGCAAGACCAGAUUGGAUUCCUUCAGAGACGUAUAGUCAUGAUGCAGAAAGAGUACCAGGAAUAUGAGGGAACAUUAAAAAAUGACCUUGACUCUUGCUUGAGGUAUUUGGAUAACCUUUCCCUAACAGACGUGGGUUCAUUUGAUAGACAUGCAGUGAGAGACAGCAUCGGAACCCCUCACCCCAAGCCCUGGCAUCAUCAACAGUCCCGCAAACCAGUCAAACAUAGUGACCCGAAAAAUGACUACUCCCAUAUCAAACAGACAGAUGAGUUGCUGAAGUUUGCAAGCAUGGAACUGAAAACCGACAAAAGAUAACAGGGAGUGACAGUCUUAUAUUGAGACACAUUUUCCAAAACUUUGAUAGUACAUAUGAUAAUGGGAAAAACAGGGAUAUACAAAUAACAGUCAUUCAAUAGUCAAGUGCACGAGUUUAGGGCAUCUUAUCAACGAGCAUUCGAUAAAAUACCGUUAAUAUCUAUUAUUUCAGUUGAAUAUUUAAAUGUAAAAAAUCAAAGCGGAAAUGCUUACAUAGAGUAAAAAAUAUGGUCCUAUACUUCAAGUUCCAACAGUUGAGGAAAUCAAGCCAAGCGAUAUCAAGCCAAUGGGUUUGGAAUAUGCUGGGAAAUUAUUAUUUGAAAAAGCAACUGUACAAAGAUGGCCCCUUAGUGAUUUUGUUUUUAUUGUUAUUAUUUAUGCUGUUAAAUUUGCUCAACAUUUGAUGUCAUGUUGGCUUAGUUCCAAAUCAAAUCUUACAUUAUUUUAUACAUUUCUACUUCUUCAACCUCUGAAAAAAAAGAUUGUUCUUUUCUACCGUCAACAUGAAUAUUUCAUUGAACUCUUUGUUUUUUCGUUGUUGUUUUUUUAUACAUUUUAUAAUAAAACUGUU